AUGGGAGUGGAUUUGACUUGUCCUUUUGGCGUCUCCUCAGCCUGCGGAGCCCAGGCCUCUUGGAGCAUCUUUGGGGCUGACGCCGCGGAGGUUCCGGGCACACGCGGCCACUCCCGCCAGGAGGCUGCCAUGCCCCACAUUCCCGAGGACGAGGAGCCCCCUGGAGAGCCACAGGCAGCCCAGAGCCCCACCGGCCAAGGCCCUCACACUGCAGGAAUAUCCUGCAGUCCACCUACCAUCAUCCUGACUGGGGAUGCCAGUUCACCGGAAGGAGAAACUGACAAAAACCUGGUCAACAGAGCUCACAGUCCCCACAGGAGGCUUUCUCACCGACACUUGAAGGUUUCUACUGCUUCACUGACUUCUGUGGACCCUGCAGGGCACAUUAUUGACCUGGUCAAUGACCAGCUGCCAGAUAUCAGCAUCUCAGAAGAGGACAAGAAGAAAAACCUGGCGCUGCUGGAAGAAGCCAAGUCGGUGAGUGAACGAUUCCUGACCCGCCGUGGGAGGAAGUCCAGGAGCGGCCCCGGAGACUCCCCGUCAGCUGUUUCCUCAAACCUCAGCCCCGGAGCUUCUCCGACAUCUACUCAAAGCAACUCGCUUACUGUCUCCACGCCCCUUGGUUUGGAUGCAUGCAGUGGCCCACAGUCCCCUUUGUCUGGAGCACCACCACAGCAGAAGGGGGAUGAGGCCGAAGUCUCUUCACCUCACCUUGGCGAGCCUAAUGUCUCCAAAGGGCUAGCUGACCGAAAGCAGAAUGACCAGAGGAAACUGUCUGAGGGCAGGCUGACUCCUCGUUCUCCCACAAUUGAGAAGUCCAAAGAGAUUGCAAUUGAACAAAAGGAAAACUGCGAUCCCCUCCAGUGCCCUGAGGCCACACCCAAAGGCCCAGCUCCUGGUGUAGGCAGUGGUGGGAAAAUGGCCCUGAAUAGCCCUCAGCCUGGCCCUGCUGAAAAUGAGCUGGGAAAGGCACUUCUGAAGACAGUCAGGGAAGGCAACCCUCUGCCUAGAGGUCCAGCCCAGGGCUCUGGAGGGGUGGCUCCCCUGAGCCCCCAGGGCAAAGGUACAGUUGGAGAGCCGACAGGGUCAAAAUUUGGCUCCAAACCUGAGUUGCGGGCCCCUGCUUCGCGGCCACCCCUACAGCGGGGGGUCUCCUGGGACAGUGGUCCUGAAGAACCUGGCCCCCGGCUGCAGAAAGUGCUUGCUAAGCUGCCUCUGGCAGAGGAAGAGAAGCGUUUUUCAGGCAAAGCUGGCAGCAAGUUGGCCAAGGCACCCGGACUCAAAGACUUUCAGAUACAAGUGCAGCCAGUACGGAUGCAAAAACUGUCGAAGCUCCGUGAGGAGCACAUCCUGAUAAGAAAUCAGAACUUAGUGGGGCUCAAGCUUCCAGAACUUAGUGAAGCGGCUGAGCAGGAAAAAGGGCUCCCUUCUGAACUCUCCUCAGCUAUUGAGGAAGAAGAGUCAAAGAGUGGCUUGGAUGUCAUGCCCAAUAUUUCUGAUAUGCUGCUGCGCAAACUGAGGGUCCACAGGUCUCUCCCUGGAAGUGCCCCUCCACUCACUGAAAAGGAAGUUGAGAAUGUGUUUGUACAACUGUCCUUGGCCUUUAGAAAUGACAGCUACACUCUGGAAUCUAGAAUUAACCAGGCUGAAAGGGAACGCAACCUAACAGAGGAGAACACAGAGAAAGAACUGGAAAAUUUCAAAGCUUCUAUUACGUCCUCAGCUUCACUAUGGCACCACUGUGAGCACCGAGAGACCUACCAGAAGCUGCUGGAGGAUAUUGCUGUCCUGCACCGCUUGGCUGCGCGCCUCUCCAGCCGAGCUGAGAUGGUGGGGGCCGUCCGCCAGGAAAAGCGCAUGUCAAAGGCAACAGAGGUAAUGAUGCAGUAUGUGGAGAAUCUGAAGAGGACGUACGAGAAAGACCAUGCAGAGCUCAUGGAGUUUAAAAAACUUGCAAAUCAGAAUUCAAGCCGCAGCUGUGGCCCCUCUGAAGACGGGGUUCCUCGAACAGCGCGGUCCAUGUCCCUCACACUGGGAAAGAACAUGCCCCGCCGGAGAGUCAGUGUUGCAGUGGUUCCCAAGUUUAAUGCCCUGAACAUGGCCGGCCAAACUCCCAGCUCAUCACCCAUCCCCUCCUUACCAGCCCUGUCAGAAUCACCCAAUGGGAAAGGCAACCUACCUGUCACCUCAGCACUGCCUGCACUUUUGGAAGAUGGAAAGACAAAUGGGGACCCGGAUUGUGAAGCCUCUGCUCCCAUGCCGACUUUGAGUUGCCUGGAGGAGAUUAGCCAGGAGACCAAGGCCAGGAUGGAGGAGGAAGCAUACAAGAAGGGAUACCAGGAAGGUCUAAAGAAGACCCAAGAGCUUCAAGACCUGAAGGAGGAGGAAGAAGAACAGAAGGGUGAAUGCCCUGAAGAAGCAGAAGAGGCAGAAGAAACUGAGGAAGAGGAAAAGGACCAAAGAAGCAGCAAACUUGAAGAAUUGGUUCAUUUCUUACAAGUCAUGUAUCCCAAACUGUGUCAGCACUGGCAAGUCAUCUGGAUGAUGGCCACAGUGAUGCUGGUCUUGACUGUUGUGCUGGGGCUCUACAGUUCCUAUAACUCUUGUGUGGAGCAGGCUGAUGGGCCCCUUGGGAGAUCCACUUGCUCAGCAGCCCAGAGGGACUCGUGGUGGAGCUCAGGACUCCAGCAUGAGCAACCUGCAGAGCAGUAG